GCAAUUCAACAUAGUCUGGCACAACUUGGUGCAGAUCAGCCUGGUUUGGCACAAUCUGGUGCAGUUCAGCGUGGUUUGAUCCAACCUGGAGUGGUUCAGCAUGGUUUGGUGCAACCUGGAAUGGAUCAGAGUGGUUUGGUCCAAUCUGGUGCAGAUCAGCCUGGUUUGGUCCAGCCUGGUGCAGGUCAACUUGGUACGGUGCAGCCUGGAAUAGAUCAGCAAGGUUUGGUGCAACGUCAGGCAGAUCCACGUGGCUUGGUACAACCUGGUGCCUAUCCCCCUGGUUUGGUACAACCUGGUCCAGAUCCUCGUGGUUCAGUCCAGCCUGGCGCACAUGUGCAUGAUUUGUUUCAACCUGGGACAUACCCACGUGGUCUGGUGCAGCCUGGAAUGGAUCAGUAUGGUUUGAGACAACCAGGUGCAUAUCAUCGAGGCUCGAUAGCACAAGCCACAGAGCUUCGUCGCUCUUCAACAUUCCAGGCAGAUCCUACAGGUUUUAUAUCAGCACGUCCAUAUCCACAUGGUGUGGUACCUCCUAGCAGAGAACAGCAUGGCCAGGUGUCACCACUCCUAGCUACUCAAGGUUUGGCAUCACCUGGUAUAGACCGAAGGAGUUUGGUACCACCAGAAACUUAUCAGCAAGGUUUGAUGCAACCUGGCACCCUGAUACACCAGCGUGGCCCAACACCAGUAAGCACAGACUUGGAAUCUACACGCCCAGAUCAGCAGCAUUUGACAUCACGUGGCCCAGGUAAGCACGACCAGGUACACCCAGAUGCAGCUCAGCGCAGCCGUGCUUUCUCUCUUGCAGACAGCCGUGAUUUAACGCAUCCUAGCUAUGGUGGCCCAAGGUACCUAAGUGCUGAUCAGCAUAGCCAGGAAGGUUUGGAUCCAAUUAGAACGCAAUCCUCAGACCAGCCUGGAAUUGCUGCCCAGAUGGUCCCAGGCCAAGAUACCAGCCUUUUCAGGAGUCCAGACUCCCUCAGCCGAGUGUCAUCACAAAGGAGCGAAGUGUUGAGUGAGGUCCCGAGUGUGCACCGUGAUUCACUGUGUAGAAUGAGCUCUAGUUUCCCCACAGCAAUGGAAACGUUUCGUCUGAUGGGAGAGCUCAGCGGCCUCUAUCUGGAGCUAAAGGAGAGUAUGAAGGAUCUGGAUGAGGAGGAAACUGGCCAAACCGAGAUGGAGAAGAUACAGUUCCUGCUGGCGAAGAUGGUCAAAAAGAUCAUCCCUCCUGACCUGCAGGAACAGGUGAAGACUGUAAAGACUUUAGCCAAAGAAGUUCGGCAGGAAAAAGCAAAAGUGGAAAGGCUGCAAAGGAUCCUGGAGGGGGAGUCAGGGAAGGAACUGAAAGCUGGCGACCUGAGCUUGCAGCUGGGUGUCCUCAGAGUCACCGUGGCUGACAUCGAGAAGGAGCUGGCCGAGCUGAGGGAGAGCCAAGAGACGGGCAAGGCCGCCAUGGAAAAUUCUGUCUCUGAAGCCUCCCUUUACCUGCAGGACCAGUUGGACAAGCUCAGGACAAUCAUCGAGAGCAUGUUGGCCUCCUCCUCCACACUCCUGUCCAUGAGCAUGUCCCCGCACAAGACCUACACCUUGGCUCCUGGCCAGAUCGACCCUCAGGCCACCUGUCCAGCCUGCAGCCUGGAUGUGAGCCAUCAGGUCAGCACGCUGGUGCAGCGCUACGAGCAGCUCCAGGACAUGGUCAACAGACUGGUGGUCUCCCGGCCCUCCAAGAAGGCCAAGCUCCAGAGACAGGACGAGGAGCUGCUGGGCCGUGUGCAGAGUGCCAUCCUGCAGGUGCAGGGCGACUGCGAGAAGCUCAACGUCACCACCAGCAACCUCAUCGAGGACCACCGGCAGAAGCAGAAGGACAUUGCUAUGCUGUACCAGGGUCUGGAGAAGCUGGAAAAGGAAAAGGCCAACAGGGAGCACCUAGAGAUGGAGAUCGAUGUGAAAGCCGACAAGAGUGCUCUUGCCACCAAAGUGAGCCGUAUCCAGUUUGAUGCCACCACAGAGCAGCUGAACCACAUGAUGCAGGAGCUGGUGGCCAAGAUGAGUGGGCAGGAGCAGGACUGGCAGAAGAUUCUGGACAAGCUGCUCACAGAGAUGGACACCAAGCUGGACCGCCUGGAGCUGGACCCACUGAAGCAGCUGCUGGAGGAUCGGUGGAAAUCGCUGCGACAGCAGCUCAGAGAGCGCCCCCCGCUCUACCAGGCAGACGAGGCGGCCGCCAUGCGGAGGCAGCUUCUGGCACAUUUCCACUGCCUCUCAUGUGACCGGCCCUUGGAGACAACCGUGACCGGACAAGCCAUUCCCGUGACCCCCGCAGGUCCAGGCCUACCCGGGCACUGUUCCAUCCGCCCCUACACGGUAUUUGAACUGGAGCAGGUCCGGCAGCAUAGCCGCAACCUCAAGCUGGGCACUGCCUUCCCUCGGGGUGACCUGGCGCAGAUGGAGCAGAGCGUGAGGCGCCUGCGCUCCAUGCACUCCAAGAUGCUGAUGAACAUCGAGAAGGUGCAGAUCCACUUCGGAGGCUCCACCAAGGCCAGCAGCCAGGUCAUCCGCGAGCUGCUGCAGGCCCAGUGCCUCACCUCCCCAUGCUACAAACGGGUGACAGAUAUGUCCAAUCAUACCUACUCAACUGUGCCCCGGCGCUGCGGGGGCAGCCACACCCUCACCUACCCCUACCACCGCAGCCGCUUGCAGCACCUGCCCCGGGGUCUGUACCCCACCGAAGAGAUCCAGAUUGCCAUGAAGCAUGAUGAGGUGGACAUCUUGGGCCUGGAUGGCCACAUUUACAAGGGACGGAUGGACACAAGGCUGCCAGGCAUCCUCAGCAAAGACAGCUCAGGGACCUCAAAGCGCAAGUCCAGGCAGCCCCGGCCGAAUGGGCACAGGCAGCCAUCCCUCAGCACCAGUGGCCAGCUGCCCUCUCGGCCUCAGAGCGCCCAGAUGUCGGCUGGCAACACCCCAGGUAGCUUCCCUCUGGGUGAGGCGUCCUGCCAGGCCUCCCUGCUGGCCCUGCCGACCCCCUUUCCUGCCCAGGCAGGGUCACACCUUUAUCUCCCUGGAGAGGGGAGGGCCUGGGAGCCAAAGGAGGGGACGGGUGGGGAAAACAGAAACCCCUAGAGACUGAGUGAUUCGUGCCCCUUCUGGGAGGUGGGUAGGUGCUGUUACUGCCCCAUUCCACAGAAGAUGAAAUAGGGACAGGGUUGCCACGCAAUCUCUGGUGCCAGGCCCAUGCCCUUGUCCUGCUCACGUGCACUGUCAUGGCGCUCAUGCGCCUGGGCUCUGCAUGGCGGCUGCUGGGCACAGGCCAUGCCCGGGUGCCCAAGAGCCCCCAGACCCUGAUAUGGAGGAACCUCUGCCUGGCCUCUGGCCUAGAGGGUCCCUUAGGUCCCUGACCUCCCCACGAGCUAAGUUGGGCCUGAAGGUCAGGGAGCUAAGGACCCUUAGGGUUCAGCCACAGGGGCCCUGCAGGCAGAAGGCUGGAUCACUGCCAGGUGACCCUGAGCAAGUCUCUCUCCUCUCCAGACCUGUGUCCUCAUCUGGCAUCGAGGGGGUGUUGGGUUAGUGCUUCUUGGAGUUAGGGCCCCCCAGAGAAUCUAAUAAAAGCUGC